ACAUCGUCUCGGACAAAGAUGCAGCCAAACGUGCUGCCCGAGCUCUGCUGAUAAAACCGUGAAUUAGCCUGAAGAUAAACGACAAAAAGCGGCUAACAGGUGGUUGUUAGCAGGCACUCUGCACUGUUGCGCCUCAAGUCUCCAAGCGCAGCGCCAAGAUGCUGCUACCGUGCGGCACCCUGUUCCUGCUGGCGGCUCUCUACUGCAGCGUAGACCUGACAGCGGCUGAGGUAAGCAGAUGAAGCUCUUUCUAUCUUAAAAUGUGAAGUUUAACCGUUUUUGGUCUUUAAAAUGGAGUUAAUGUGCGCGUAAAGGAUGAUCUGUUUGGACUGGAACUCGGCAACAUUACGCACAACUAAGGCUACAGCCCAGAUGAACAGUUUUAACUUAAUUUAAUCAAAACAUUACUCCAUAAUAUUACUUUAUUGGGUGACAGACAUUCUGUGUGUUUAAAUGUAACAGAAGUGGCGUUUCCCUAACCAGAUUUAUCAGUUUUAACAAUUUGUGCAGUCUCUAUUAUGAGUUAUGUUGUGUGUUUUCUCAUCUAGACAGCUCUCCUUCACAGCACUUCUGAAUAGUCUCAGUUGAGUCUGCUCUCAGUUCUGCGUCCCACACUUCUGCAAGAGAGAGAGAGAGAGAGAAAGAGAGAGGAAGGGAGGGAGGGUGGGGCACAGUGCCCACUGUAGCUUCAGUUUCUAAAUGUGUGUGUUUGCUUGUGGUAUGGCGAGAUAACUCAUUUGCUUAUCACUGAUAUGUUUAGGUUAUCAAAUAAACUGCAAGUCAUCUGAUAGAUUUAGGUAUUUGAGUAAAUUUCUACUGCAAGCAUCAAGAUUGGAGUGGACAAAACUUGUACUCUCUUAUGAUCCCAUGAUCUGCUUCCACUGAUAACCAGAGGAGAUGAUGUUUAAAACUGUUUAUAUGACUGUUCUUUUCCAGUCAUCAGAUUAUCUGACUUCCCUGUUAGCCUGUGUUCUUCUUGGUAUGUAGACUAUUGAAUAAGAAGCUCUCAUUUUCCAGAAAGUAACAUCACAGACUGGAACUCAGUGUAUUAUUGUAAGGUCAUGCAACAAGACCUAGAUUUACUAUAUAGUGAUGCUCUAGUGGUUUUGUCAAGCCAAGUUUUCAGUCAGUAAACUUUUAUCAGGCUGCGUUUAUGCCAGCUAGACUUGGUGCCUCCACAAUAUGAAUUUACAACUUGAACAGUUCCAGCUACACAAGUAGGUAAUGUUUAAAUUUGUGAUAUAGUAAACAUCAGAAGUUGUGUUGCGUUCCCUUUUCAUUUUACUGCUUGCUGGAUUAUACCCAAAAAAGUGGUCUUGUUCUGCUGAGGGGCUCGUCACGUGUUUUAUUUUGAAAGGUGGGCGGAGAGUCCUCUUCCUCAAGAGAGCAGAAAUCCAGGUGAGGGGGAGGAAACAUAAGUGUAUUGUAUCAAGUGUGGAGAUGAAGGAGAUCAGGCCACUAUUGCACAAUAGAGCAAUGUGUGAUCUUCCAGAGAAAAUGAACACCUCACAAGGGAGCCUGGAGUCAUCAUGUGGAGGGUUUCUUCAGCUUUGGGGUUAGCUUUAGGGGUCUUCUUCCAGCUGUGAUAUCUUUUUAGGAUACUUGUUUCAAGUUUAUGCCCCAGAUAAUGUUGAGUGCUGGCAUUCAGUUUUAUUUGUUCAAAUCCUCAAAGUAUCAGAGCAGUACAAAAAGAUUUUUGGAUGUCUGUUUGUCCCUAGAUGUUUUAAACCAUGAUUUUAUUCACUCAAAAAGAGCUUUGAUUCAUAGAGCUGCGUGGGAUAAAAGUAAUGAUGUCAAGAGACAACAUAUCAGGUUAAACGAAAAAGCAAAAGCAACUUUCAUCCACCGCCUGGACAUCUGGAAACUAAAGUGUUGGGGUGAAGAGGUGUCUAUCUGGUUGAACAUCUUGUUACCGAUCAAAUCACACCAAUAAAAUCAGAGUAGCUCAAUAUUCAGGAUGUGAGACUGUCACAUCCCCUGGAGGUCCACAAAAGGAAGUUUUUUGAUCCUGUUUGUGGGUUUAAUCCAUCCGGAGGUUCUCAGGGAACAGACAGAGGCUGAGAAAAAUGACCCACAUACCAAGUUAAUAUGAGGAUGUAGUCAGAUAGUUAUUUUUAACUUUUGCUUUUGUAACCUGCACCUUCUUAAAUAUGAAUCUUAUGAAGAGAAAUCAACAUUUGGCUUAUAUUCGGAGGUCAUUUUAGUGUAUUUAUCUCCUUUUUGGCUCCACACACUCCAGGGCAUGACAUUGACUGAGUAUCAGAGCCUCCUGUUUAGGCUCCUUCAUAAUCAGCGGGGCCAAACUGAGGCCAGGAGUGAAAAUACAGUAUAAACAAUUCACUCUCAGGCUCAUAAGGGCAGGGGCGCGUGCAAAUGUGAUAACACAGAGGUCAGGCUGACUAAACAAAGGCAAUAUUGAAGAGAUAGAGUAAAAUUUGCCUUUAUUCUCCAUGCGCCAUGUACAGAUGUAGCAAUGAGUUAAUGUCAAGAUAUUCAGACUUUUGUUCCAAACUUGCUGCUUGGUUUUCUGCACAGUUUGUAUUUUAUGAACAGAAUCAAGUUUCUCUCCCUUGGCAGUCAUUUUAUUUGAUCAAGAUGACUCAUUUGUAAUUCCUGGAGGAAAAGAAGAAGAAGGAGGAGGAGGAGGAGGAGGAAAAGGAGGGAGGGCAGAUUAGCGGAUUCCUGUAGUGAGAGUUGGUGUGUGGGAUGUUGGAUGGAGAAAUCUGGAAAGGUGUUAGCUGGUGGGAAAGAUGAGAUUCUCUGUGCUGCCAGGCUUUUUUCUCUUUCCUUGGCCAGGAUGUCCCAGGACAGGGUGAACCCCAAGGAGGAUGAACAGAUAUGUAGGAGGCUGCUCUGAGAGCUGUUAAUCCCAUACAGCCCAAGGAAUGUGUGUAAAUUGUCUGCUGAAAGCCGAGAGUCAUUAUCAACACUUGAUCUGUAUGUCAUGCUGCCCAAAGUGCAGACAGGGCAGCUUGUAGUUUGGUCUAGGCCUGAUCCUCCUUCCCAUUGCCCCCCACAAAGACAACAGCUGAUCCUGUUACCGUGACGGGCCACCAACCAAGCAUUGCACCCUGGGAAGGCCCAACCUGCCUGACCCUCGUGUCCUUAGUGUCAUAAAAAUGCCUACAUUUGGAAGAGUUGUGAUAGUGUUUGUGUCCCUGUAUUUUGACAGGCGUUGCCGAGGUGGCAAAAGUAAUACUUCUCUGACCUUGAUACUCAAGGAGUGUGACAGGUAUGCCCCACUUUCCACCCCCUGUGUGAGUGUGUUUCUCUGUGUGUGUUCCCUGUUGUUGCCAAGUGAGGGGCGGAUUAAACAGUGGUUAAGCACGGUAAAACCCUUUUGUAUUCACUGUGGUCCAAACAUCAACCUGAAGUCAAAUCAUCUAUAUUUGUAACAGAUGUAUUUUCACACAGAAACCACCUAUUUGGUCCUGGACAGAUUACAACACGUUUUUUCUUCUGCUGAUGGGACUCCAAUACCCCACAAUUAGCUGAGCAGAGUCCCUCUCAAGUGCUGGAGUAACAAAAAGUAUUAUUCAUCAUUACUUUUUAGUGUUGAACCUUGUAUGGAAUGUGUAUUGUAUGAUUGCUAAAAUGGCUAUCAUAUGCAGACUGACUCCUGAUAAUCUGAUAGAGUUUUCAGGAGAACCUUAUUUCAACAUGAAAAUGCUCUUACUUCAAGUUUUACUGCAUUUAGUGAUUUUGAUUUAAACUGGAAGAUAAAUGCUGGAUUCGAAACAGCCUAUCAGGUGCAGUAUACAGUAUAAUCCACUUACUUCAUCCUGCAUUUGAAGGUAGAGCACGCAGUAUGACCCCGUUCAUUUUUUCUUUUUUUUUUAACUUGUGUUUUUGAGCAUUUUUGUUGGCUAGGAAAACUGAAGAAAGACAGGAAAUGUGGGGAGGAGAGAGUGGGGGAAGACACGCAGUAAAGGGUCGUGGCAUAGGGUCAAACCAGUAACUUCUAGGCAAGGACUACAGCCUCAGUUUAGGGGUGCUCUUAGAGCGCUUGGCCAUUGUCACUUGACUAUUCUGUUAGAUCUGUUUGGCAGGAUGCUUGGCCAGGCGUUGCUGGUUUUCAGUUUUGGACAGUGGAAAGAAGCACCCAGCCUAUUGUUGCAGUGUAGCGUCCUCUUGUGGUUUAGAGAAAGUUGGAAAAUUAUUAAUAUAGAGUUUAAUGAUAACGUCCACAACUGACUAGUUACGUAGGGCUCCCCUAGUGUUUAUAUGUUGUUCUAGAUAUAUAACCAUAACUUGUUUACUAUCUUUAUGGGCUAUUGUGACAGUUGGGUAUUUUGCAGACUAUACACUACAUUUUGGCCUUCAAACUUCUGGCUGAUAUCUCUACUCCUCGUGGUUCAAGUUACCCGUUAGGACUGGAAAAUUAGAGAUGUACUUACCAGCAUUGCCACUAUUGCCUGGAUUGCAGGACAGAAGUUUGCUCCACUUUUCCUUAUAAGGAAAUAGUGAGGCCUGAACCAUCUCCAAUACAAGAAGCUCCUCAAGCUGUUUUUGCAUCUGUGCCUCAUCUCCCGGCCUAGGAUGUAAUCUGCUGUUUUUGCCACAGGGUCAACAAGCAAGGGUGAAAUGUGCCAGACUCUUGUUCCACAUAUUGAUCUGAUGUUAUGGGGUUUUGACAAAAUCAGAAUCAAGCAUUUACCACAGCCGGUUAUAACAUUAUCUAACAGCUGUAGACUCUACUUCUAACCUUAGAUGGACUUAGUAUGAUUGUUCUCAUUGCUGUAUGUCCUAUCUUAGUGCAUUAAUUUGUUUCUUACUUAAAUAUAAGCUGAUUAACCAGAAACAAGUUUAACUAAUGUGUGUGGCAGACCACAAUAUUAUCCAACAUCCUGGGUCAGCUAAAGCCUGUGCCCGGAUAAAAGUUUUUUUUUUUUUCACUUAGUAACUACUUUUUUGUUGUGCUUUUGAAUCCAUACUGGCACAAAAUGAAUAAUUAAGAUACAGCCCUGAGAAGUGCAGUGGGAAAAUAGUGACUGUUCACGCUUUGCCAGCUUUGCAAAUGUCACUCUCUCUCUCCUACCAGCACACUGUUUCUAUCUGCGAUUACAAAGUUAGACAUAAAAUGGAAAACCACUUUACAUUACAUUUUAGGAAAUCUUGGAUUCUGCAUCUGAAUAACUUUUUUUUUCCCACACUCAUGUGUUCCCACAUUAACAGCCUGGAGAUUAACUCAUGUUCUCCUCUGGAUCAGUUUUUCCUGGAGGUGUAUUGUUUUGGUGAAAAGUUCAGUUAAGCUGUUUCACUGUGAAAUCAGUGAGUCAUAAAUGUCAUUUGCGGUUUGGAUGGAAAUGGUGUAACGGAUACAUCGUUCUGACAGGAGGGUGGGAGUUUGAGAGUGAUGGAGGGAUGUAGUGGCUGACUGCUACACGACGAGGAGAUGGAGGUGAGGAGGUUAGGAGUCCACAGAGGUGGAGGAAUGUGGGUUGGAGCCAGCGAUGAUACUCCAUAGCAAAUCUUUUAGUCUCACAUGCUGGCCCUUGACCUACACUUCCCCCCUGCUACUGCCAAAUGGUCAAACUGAUGUAGUCCAGUAAAGACAGUGAUGAUGGCUAUGCUAGAUUUAUGACUUAUGUAUUUUGUAUCGGUCUAAAGAAGUCAAGUGUGUAAAUGAGGCUUCCCUUCCUUCAGCUGUUUCCCUUAGUUACUUUUUGGCCUGUAAAGCUUCCGCCUCAGUGUACCACUUUGCAUAUAAAACAGGAUAGAUAAAUUGUGUUAAGGAGUUUCCAGUUAGAAUGAAAAUAUGUGACAACUUUGUUAUGACUCUGUCAGACAGCACAGACAAUAUUCAGGUCUGCUGUUGGUGUGACAGCGCAAUUACGAGUCUGAAUGAGUCUCUCAGUGGUUUCAAAAUAACACAAAAUUUGUUCAGUUCCUCCAGGCUGUUGCAUCUUAUGACGAAGAGUCUGCUGCUACCACUAGUCAUUUCUUUGACAGAUAAUUAUAAUUUUUCCUUGUAUUUGUUGUUUGAUUUCUGCACCUGAAACUGCAUAUAAAUUACCAAGGGGGGUUUCCUUUGUAAACCUAUGCUUUGAGAUUUUGUCCUAUCAAAGUAUGAACUCUGUUGCUCUUUAAUACAGCUUUGCAUCAUCUAAUUACUGAAUCAGAUGAGUCUUUAAAGCCAUCAGGCUAUAGCCUCAACUCCUGACACCUAUGGGCAGAUGCAGGAUUGCCCUCAUGUGACAACAAUACUUUCUCCUAUUUUGUGAAACGUCAGAAGAAGACUUUUCCUCACAAGUCCUGGUGCUGAACCAUCACUUGUUAAGAAAAAAAGUAAUCAGGUUUUAGCCCCAUUGUUGGAAAUUCCCUUCAGACUAAUGUAUUCAAAUUGAUCUGCAUCUGAAGGCUCAUGAUGACAGCUGGUAAUGUCAGUUAAUUGCAAUGAAAGCUUAUGACGAAAUCAAGGUCAAGACUCCAUCAGGAAGAUGCUACUGUGUUAACAUCUGUCUGUGUCAGCUGUUGGUGCAUUUUGCCUCGAAGCGCCAGUUUGUUUGUACAUCAACAUUAAGAUGAAACAACUUUGAGAUUAUUCGCUUGAUAAAACCCAGAGAUAAGAAUGUCUUACCAAAGAGAGACACACACCUGAUUUCUUCCUGAAACACACUUACAGAGAAGGUGAAAGUUAAAACAAGGACUAGGCUAUUUAUUGGAUUUAUGUGAGUAUGUGAAUGCAGAUUGAGCUAGAAUAAAUAUAGUAACAGCGCUGAAGAAAAAGAGCGACUUACAGUCAGACCACAUGAUAUGAUGGAUGACACACAGGCACAUGCUUCAUAUUUGUCCCAUUAGAUGUUUACUGAUAAAUGCUCUCACCAGAUUGUGGAAAUAUGUGGUGUGUGGUGCUUCUCAACAAGUCAGAGCAUCGGAUUAACAAAAACAUUUCUGAUUUCUGUGUCAGGAAAACAUGACUGAGGUGUCUGAGGUGGUCUCAUCUGGUUUCUCACAGCCUGUGCUUUAUACCUCCCACUGUAGACCCUUACUAUCUCCUCAUCUCAACUUGAGUUACUCUUGAUUUUUACCAGACAUGGUAAUACUGGACUGUUAUUGCUUCAAAUUACGGAGGUGGGCUGAUAGAAGUAGCAGAUCAUGAGUCAGAUCCGACUGUAAUUUAGAGUGCCUGUGUAGCUAUACCUCAACUUUGAACCUUUUUCCUGAAGGAACAGAUGCUUUAUGCAUCUCCUCUCCUGCAGCUCCUUCAUGUUGCUGCUGGCGGUUAUUCUGUGACAAUGAGAAUUGUUCAUUCAUGUAGCUGCUAUUCUGCUCAAGUAUCUCGCAAAAAAAAAAAAAAAAAGGCUUAAUCUGAUAACUCUGAGAAGGAAACAAGCGAGGCCCGGUCACAUGCCUUUGUUCCCAUAAGGAGGAGAGGAGAUAUGCUAGUCUUUCAAUGCAUAGCUGAGUCUGGGGGUAGAUUAAGACAUUUUUAGCUGAUAUGAGAGCAGAUCUGUUGUCAGGUUUCGGCAUCUCUGAGGCCUCAGGGCGGCAACAUCCGACAGUCUCCAUAUGUUCAAAUGGCAGUGACGUAAUGGAGAAGUCAGAGAUAAGGCUUAGCAUGGAAGCAGGACAACAAUAGAGACAAGCUUUGUCUAUUAGAUGUCUAUCAUCUGAAGUGUGGUAUGAUAAUGAGGCUUAGGAGCUCCAUUAGUUUGGUGCAGACUUGAAUAAGGGCUUAGAGUUUCUUCUCUUUCGGAUUAGCUGCUUCAUUUAUGUAUCUUAUAAAACCAGCUGUAUCUCUGAUGUCAGUGUUAAUUUUACAACAAGGUAAUUUCCUCUUUGGGGACCAACACUAUCAGCAUGUGUGCAGCAUGCUCAAAUUGAAAAGCCUUUGUUAAAAAGGGUGUGAAAUAGAGCCUACAUGCACACACUCUUCCUGCAUUAGAAUAACCCUGAUGGGUGCAUUGUGUCACUCUGUGAUAGCGGGCUUCUUUGUAUGGAUUAUAAACAUCACUUCCAGAUGUUUCCAUGCAGCAGGUGUGCAGAAAUGUGUAUGUUUUUGUAUUUCUUGGGUGUUAAUGUUGGGCAGGACGGGUACUUCUGUUUCCUAGAGGAUCUAUCUGCUGCCACCAACAGCUCAAAUGAUCUCUUUAUCUCAACAUCUCCUUCAUUAAUUAAGCGUUAAUUAUUUAUGCUCCUCAGACGAUGCAGCAUACUGACUUGAGAUACAGAACAUAUGUUGUCGUAACUCCUGUGAGAUUUUAAGCCCACCCUCAAAGAGAAUUAGACUUUUUAUCAUGUGACUUUUCUUCUGGCCACAUCUUCAGGGUGAUAUCUUUACAUUCCAAAAGGCUGCUUUAAGCUGAAGUUAUAUCAGCCUCAGAUGUACUUAACAUUUAGUGCUUAUCAGAUUCAAGCGUCACAGAAAAAUAAACUCAACUACUGAACAUGCUCUGCAAGUUAUCUCCCAAGUGUUUGUAUGCAGUUUAAGUCAUCCAUGAGUAUGGCAUCCUAGACCAGCGAUCAUGGUGUUAUACCUUUCUACUUAAAAGACUAAACUUUGUUUUCUUUUUCUUUAGGUCAAAUAUGAACUGCAGCUUUUUAUUACAAAUUUCUUAUUCUGGAUGUGGUCUAAGUAGGGCAGUGACAUAUUUAUUUUGUCAGAACAUUGUUACAUGAAAUUUGACCUUCCUGCUGAUGCACAAGUUCAAAAGUAAAAUACAAAUAUUUCUUUUGGAGAUAUUUAAAGCUGUAAAAUGCAAGAAACAACAGGAUGUAAAGGGGCAUCCUGUUUUUUUCCUGCAAUCUAGUGUACUGACAUGCUAUUCUUAGUUUUGUUUAACUUUAAAAGUGAUGGUUACACUCUGAAAGUAAGAGUGAUAGGACACAAAGCUGGACACAUGUAUUUGGUGCAAAAGUCACAGAGGUCACUCCUUGUCCUCACGUGCUGAUGCUAUUCCCAGAUACCGGAGCACUUAUGAGGGAGACGCAAGGCUGACCUAACCCCUUCAUGUCUUUGUGAGCUAAAAGGCAAGGAAGAGGCCUUCCUCCUUUCUAAAAGAAUGGCUUCCUAAACCCCACAUCCUGUGGCACUGUGCUGCACAUUCACUGAGGAGCCCCAGGCUGAGCUGAACAACUCUGAGCCCUGCAGCAGCUCACAUGAACUGAACUGGCCCAUUUUCAGAGAAAACAAACAUCUCAACAAAGUCAUUGUUGAGACUCCCCCAGCCCCUCUGUACCCUUUCUCUUUUCACCCACUCUGAAUAUUUUCUCACUCUGGCUGCCUAAAAUAUCAAAAUUUUGUGCAGAGAAACUGAGCAAGCUCUAAAUUAUUAUCAGGUUUUUAUUCUUGGGACAAAGACGUUCAACUAAAGAAAAAAAAAAAGACAUGCAGGGAUAAAUGGACCGAUACCGUCUGAACAAUAUAUAUAUAUAUAUAUAUAUAUAUAUAUAUAUAUAUAUUCAUAUAUAUAUAUAUAUAUAUAUAAAACACAUAAUAUUACAUUAUAUCUGCCAUCGACUGACCUAAUUAAUUAUUGGCGCAUGCAUUGUCUAUGAAAGCUUGUGUAGACUGCGUUAGAGACACAGCACCCCCUGUGUUGAAGUAUCAGAAAAUCUCUAUCCUUACCAAAGAGCCAGCUAGUGGGGGGCAAGACUGUAAUCAGCUGUCCUUAGCUGGAGUGCUUGAGUAUGUGUUUGUAGUUAGAGCCGGAAAGUCCCCUCUUGGGCCAAAAGAUAAGUAGGACUCUUGCCUAAUUUGUUAACAAGGUAACAUUUCAUUCACAUGGACAUCCUUUCAGACGCUGAGGACGAGCCACCUUAUCAAGAUGACCCUAUAUUGAAAGCUCUGUUUGAAAGUCUAAAUCCCCCCUAAUGGUCUGACCGGAGGUUACAGGUCAACAGGAUGAGCAUGUGAGGGUCAUGUGACUGAUUACCAGGUCAGGGACCUUUGUAAUCAAAGGCAGGGAUAUUGUUUAGGAUCAUUUAGAAGCAUUAAAGUGCCGGGGCUUUUACCUAAUUACUGUUGAGUGAAGAGUGACCAGUUAUGGUUUGUAAUUAAAUCUAAAUAAGUUUGACUGUUUUGUUAAGAAAGUACAGCCUUUAACCAGUGGCUUUUUGGCUGUAGCAUAUCUUUACUUUUUCUAUUUUGCAUCCUUAUUCCUCUGAUUUAGAUUUCUUUUUGUAUUUUUUGCAUCUCGUCUUUUCACUUCUUUCUACUACUUUUUUUAUGUCUCUCCUCUUGUCAUUAAUUUUUUUUUUUACCUUUUUCUCUGUUCUCCGCUCUUCCUACUCCUUUCUUGUCAUUUCUUUAUCAUUUUUAACCAAAGUAUUUUUUCUUCUUAAAAUAUUCUGUGAGGAAUCAGCCCAGAACUAUUUAAUGAAAUCAUGUCCAACAGCUUGAGCCACAACAUCUACUCACACAAGCACGUUUCCUCCAAGCAAAGCCUGAGAAGUUGUCUAAAUCAAUUUUCCCAUUUGUAAAGUUAAUUUUGCACGUGAGAAUUCCAUGGUAGACUGUUGACAUGGUUUUCCCUAUGAAGAGGACUGUACAGUGUUCUUGUUUCAUGCAGCAUGUCCGCUGACAUGUUAAAGAGUUUCUGCACUCUCAGGGGACGAGUGAGGUUUGGCUGCCCCGUUCCUGAGUGACAGUAAAGCUCUGAACAUGAUGGGAGUCUGGGUUAGCUAAGACUCUGACGUGACCUAGAUGGCGCCUGUGAUCGGGUGUGAUGUUUCUUUUGGUACAAAUAUAGUUUUUCUCAACUUUGAGAUCCCAGCUCUUAAAGCUGUUCCGCUCUCUUGGUCCCAAAUUUGAUGACAGGCAGCAUUAACCUGGUCAUGCUUGGUCAUGCGUGCUGACUUGGGAGUGCUCUGUAAACCUUGGUCAUUAGGCCAAUGUGUGUGUGUGUGUGUGCAUGUGUGUGUGUGUGUGUGUGUUUGCAUAGGCACAUUCCCAUAUGUUUCAUUCGGGGUAAAAAUUUGCUCAAUCAUUUUCAGUGUUUCAUGGCAAUUUUAGCAUUUCCCAUGGCAUGACGAUUCGACCUUUAAAAACACGCCAUGUUUUGUUUGUGUGUGUGUGUGUGUGUGUGUGUGUGUGUGUGUGUGUGUGUGUGUGUGUGUGUGUGUGUGUGUGUGUGUGUGUGUGUGUGUGUGUGUGUGUGUGUGUGAACAGCCCUCUGUAGAUCCAUCUGCUUUUGGUUACAGAAGCCUUGAAUGAUUUUUGUGGUUUGAUGAAAACCUGCUGCCUACAGCCAGAACAGGACAUGUUUUACAUCAGGUCAGUCUCAGUAAAUAUGCGCUGCAGGACUUCUUAAAAUAAAGGAAACAGAAAACAUAGCUCUGUUUUAUUGCGGAACGUACAUAUAAUUUGUCUUAAGGUAUAGGACCCUGGACUAUGGGCGGGAGGUCAGACUGAAGUAAUCACUGCGUCUAAUGACAAGUCAAAGAAGAUUUGAUCCAUUUCAGACAUUAUGAGCGUUUUGACUUAUAGGAAGAGUUUGACAUUUUAACAAGAGUCAGACAAACAGCUCUUAUGUGCUAAUGAGGGACUAGCAUGCUAAGCACCAAGACUGAAAAGUUAUUUUUAUACAUUUAUAUUCAGCGAACUCAUCAUUAAAGAGUGAGGCAGGCAGGGUUGUGUCAAGGGGCUACCAGUGGGUGGCCCAGGCCCCAGGUGCCACCCCAAAAAUUGCGUUAAAAUAAACAGUUUGGCAUGCUUAGCAGAUUCCUAUUGUAUUUCAAUUUCAUUAAUUAUAUUUCUGAGCUUGUAAAUUGUGGGAAAGUUCUUCAGACACUCACUUAAAAAGACAGGAAAUCAGUCCAGCAAAAAUGACCUGAAAACUUUUCACACUGCCGGUCAAAACUACAUUUAUCUUCAAAAGAAACCUAUCAUGGGAAUUGUAGUUAUUCCUUUUGUCAGUCUGAGAUUAUUUGCUUCUAUUUUAGUGAUAAAACGUAGAGAACACUUGAAGGUUUUACUUUUCACACAGAUUUGUGGUCGCAAAAUGAACUUAUAGUCUACAAAAUACAUCUAAGUUUAGCUGUUGGCAUUCACUGAGCUGACCCAUUAAACCUUGUUGGCAUAUGUUAGCUAGUGUUACAUUAGCUGCUGUUUUAGUGUUACUUACAACUUGUGGUUCUAAUUCUCUAUGGUGGGUCUUUAUCAGUGGAUCAACCAAGUUUCAGUUACAGUUAGCAUACAAUACAGUUUGUGUCGGCCUCUGCAAACAGUUGUGUUAUUGUACUGAAAACAUACAAAACUUCCAGCGGUUUUCUGGCUAGGCUGGUCAUCUUAUGUCGUGUUAUAGCUAUAGGUUGUGCACGAGGUUGCAUCAAACUACCCUUACUGGUCUAAUGCAACAAUUCAAUAACACUAUGGAGUUCCUUAGGGUUUGAUUUAAGAGUAUAUUUUUCUGCCUUAAAUGUAGGAUGAAACCUUCAGGCACGUGUUAAAGUCACUGAUAGAAAAUAUGGUCCAAACAUUAAGCUCACAUGUGUAGUUUAUAUAAAAAAUGAAUUUACUUUAUAUGAUAUGAGUCUUGGUAUGAAAGCAAUGCUCUUCCAUAUCAUACAGCGCCCAGUGUGUGCACGUGCAGCACAGCCUCACUCAGACACACACUUGCACUGUUUACAGAGCAACUUGCACCAAGUUUCUUGUCUUCCAAGUAUGGCAGUCUGACAGAAAAAUUCCCCUCCUCCACUUGUAUUCUCUCACCCCGGCCUCGCAGUACCAGAGAAGGAUAGGAAUGUUAGAGCAGCACAGUGCAACUCUGAAAAAAUGUAUCUAUCCUCCUCCACUCAUCUUUUAGUACUUAGCUUCUCUGCUGUUUCCUUGUGUGAAGCUCAAAUGGACUGUGGGAACGGCAUAGUUGUGGUCAGUGUCACCUGUGAUCUUUUUGACCAUGAGGAGAAACCACAAAUAAUCACCCAAACCACAAAAAAGCAGGAACGAGCCAACAGGGAAAAGAAACUUUCUCUGACUACUGAAUCAGCUGAGUGUUAGCAGCAAUGCUACUAGCUGAAAUGAGUGUGUUGUCUUGUGUGUGUGUAGGACAGUAUUUUUGUUUAGGAGUUUCCUCCUACAUUUACAAUAAGGUAUUCCCUUCCCUGCUUUGCAAUGUGCUCUAAAGCUGUCUCAUUUAGUGCUGCAUAAUUAGCUCUGCCGCCGAAACAGAUCCAUCUGACAUUUAUGGAGUAAAACUAUCCUGAUUGUCUCCAUAUGGAAUCCAUGAUCCACAGCUCAACCCCAUAAGCAUGUCUCAAUACGGUGACGCACACAGGUUAAACCUCUUUGGGUGACUCUGCCAUGUUAGUAAAGAUGCACAGGAGCCUGUGAAUCUCCUUCAAACACAGCAAAGAAAAAGAAGAGCUGUUAUUGUUUCAGUGGGUCUCACUGAAUCCACAAAAGAAACCCAGAUGUUUGUGUGAAAGUUCAUGGAUACCUUCAAUUUUACAAUGUUGCACAAUACAGCUGGGACACAGCGCCAAAGUUUCAUCGUGUGCCUUUAAGAAUAAUUGCAUCAGCCAAGUUGAAACCAACCCAAAACGCCCAAACCAUACAACAAAAUAUUGUUAACACAAAAAUAAGUGAUGCAACAAAGUGGCUAAAUUGUGGAUCUCUCCCCACAUUGUUUAAAAGCCAAAUGGUAAUAUAGAAGUAUUUUCAUGCUUGACUCCAAAACAACUGAGUCAGAGGAGGAGUGACUGUCCAAACCUUGAGGAUUUAUUUGACUUUGGAGUUUUUAUUGUUUCCGAUUCAUGUGAGAAAGACAGACUGAAAAACAACAAUAAGAUGCCCUUUGAAAAGACCCAGGAGAGUGGCUCAAUGAGUCGCAUGACAACCUGAAUCCUGCAACAUUUAAGCUAUAGAUUUUAUUUUUUUUUAUGACAUUUUAUUUUUACCAUUAGAUCCCAUGCUAAACAAUCUGGAUUUUGCAUUUCUUGAUCAGCACCCCCUGUGUUCAGACACCAAUCUGAGCCACUCAGUAACAAAAACAAGCGAGGACAACCAUCCACUGUAGAGCAGGUGUUAUUUAUGAUGGCCUGGUAACUUACUUAGAGUUUGCUCUUCUGGGGUUUCCCUUUUUGCUGUACAUGUACCUAUGAAAAGGCAUUUGACCCAUAUCUCUUAGCGUUUCAGCAUUAUGUCUUUGCUUUGUUGUUAAGAAUUGUAGUUUAAUAUGCCAUAAGAUACUCCACGCAUCUUCCACUCACUCCACGUCCAUUGCCUUGGUCCACCAACAAAUAUACCUCAUCUUAAAGUUUGGGUCACUGGCACAUUUUAUGAUCAUCUUUUACACUGCUUGGUUGAACCAUGUGCUUUUCUUUCCUUUUUUAUGUAUGAGCCAUGUAUUAUUGAAGAUAACUGGAAAGACUUUAAUCACAAUCUAGGUUAAUGUAUCACUAAUUAGUAAUGUGGAAGCACUUCAAAUCACAGCUUUAUAAUGGCCAAAUAUUGCAAAGCUAAAAACUGUGAGAAAAGCAAUUAACUGAAGCUCGAAAAAGUCAAGAAAGAAAAGUGUGUGCAUUUGAGUGACUUAUCUGGUUUCCUCUUUCAUAUCAGUGUGGAAGGAAGGCUCCUCUCUGGAGAUAAACUCUGGGAAUUUUCGGUCAAAUCAUUUUCCAUGGCUGUAAAGAUUUUCACAAUAUACAGACUCAGGAAAACUUUUGUUUUACUUUCUGAAAAAGCAAUAAUCUCAAGAUUUUUCCCCCUGGUAUGACUCUAGAAGGUUGUCAGCUUCACAUAUUUAUAGCUUGACUUGUUGACAAAGUAGACCCAGACCACACUUUAAACUUUCUCAUGGUUAUGUUGUCUCUGAGUACAUCUAUAUGUUACUGCUGCGAGUUUGUUGUUCAGUUUGGACAUAGUAUAUGAAAAGAAGAGGCUGGAUGUGAAAUGACAAACUUCUCCCACACAGUUUCUUUCCUCAGGGGUGUUGUUAGAUAUUUCUGCAGAGGUUGGGGGGUUAUGGCAGGAAUGUGCCUGGAAUGUAAUGUAGUUUUCAGAAAAGAUCCUAUAGUCUGCAUGACAUUGGCCAGAUGUUUGUGGGAUCUUCACUUUACCUCUAUAUAGUAGGAUAGACAUACUGAAAAACCUGAACCUGUUCUUUCUGUACAGUCAUUGUUCUACUGUGAUGGGAACUUUUCUGCCACCGUGUGGUUUUAAGUGGUACUGCUGUGAUAUUAACUACAACAACUAUAUAUGAAACAAAUGUUAAAGGCAAAGAAAGAUGAAAAUCAAACUAUUUUACUUAUCAGCAGAAGAGAUUUGGACAUUUAGGAAAGCUGAAGAGGUUUGUGUGAUAUGAUUGAAAGUUCCAGUAAAGAGAGAAAUUUGUGAAUUAUCAGUUGCGAUUUAUAAAAUUAAAUCCUGCUUAUUUUCUUGUAUCAGGCUGUGCUUUUCUCAGCCAGGUUUUUCUUUUUUCUCUUGGAUCCCUUACACAAGAGCUCCAUACACUCACCCUUUGGUUUACAUCAGUGUUGUUUGCAUUAAAGUCAAAAUCACCCCUUUCACAUUAACAUUAGUCAUCACUUCCUCUCUCCUGAGUGCGUCUAAGUACUGAACUUGGUGUCCAAUGAUGUCAGACAUAUCGAGCAAGUGUUGUUGAAAGAUCAGGGCCCUCUGGGAUGAGGUCUGGACUGAUGUAACCUCUGAUACAUAAGUCUGCACACUGGGAUACAUUCAACCCUGUGAAAGUGUCUCAUUGCACACAGUUUUGUCCUCCUCCCUUGUUGGCAUCUUUUGUGUCUAUCUCAAAUUCUGUCAAAGCAAACUGUCUGGUCUGGGUUUCCCUGCCAGCUCCAGCAGCAGUAAACAAUCACAAACACGCUGUCAUAAACACAUGAUUAUGAUAAGUCACUGUUUUUGCACGGCGCCCAGUUAACAUAAACACUCUGCCACUGUACGUCAUGAUGAUUUUUCACAGUUUGCAGAUAUUCAAACCUGCCGUCCUGCUUAAAGAAUCACAUAAACACUCAUCCAGAGACACGUGAGACUGCAGAGGUUUACUGGAUCUGAUACAGGCUCUCUAAGGUCCAGUGACUCACCAGCUUCUGUAUAUCAACACUCAUCACUGCAGACUCUCAGGCCUCAGCUCUGUCUGUUUGCUCUGUGCAGGAUCAGGAUGUUUGGACAGAGUGACAUCAUCGUUAUCUCCUGAUUUUCUCACACGUGGACACCGGGAACUGCCGGAGCAGUGUGUGCCACUUUGUAAAAAACCUUAUUACAUGUUUAUGGAAAGCAUUUGUUAACACUUGAUUCAUACUACAUUGACAUUGACAUUGACUGUAACAGUAAUUAUCUUGUUAAACUGAUUUUAUGCAAGUGUAAGGGUGUCUUUCGAUGAUGGUUAAGACCCUGACUGUUUCUCUCAUCUUGGAGAUGGAACACAGAAAUCAGGUCAGUCACCAAUAAUCUUCCUCUAGAGACUUAAAUAGUCUUAUCAACACUGCUUGAAGUUCAUGGAAAAUAUUAAGGGAGGGAACUGUGGGUAACUCAUGAUAUAAUGUGAAAGGUUACAGCACCAUACGAUUCGAUGCAACGUGAUGCAAUACAAUACGAUACAAUAUAAUACAAUAUAAUACAAUACAAUACAAUAUUAUACAAUAUGAUACAAUAUAAUACAAUACGAUACAAUAUGAUACAAUAUAUUAUGAUACGAUUAAAUAUGAUACCGUGUGAUACGAUACAAUAGGAUAUGAUACGAAAUGAUAUGAUAUAUACAAUACAAUACAAUAUAAUACAAAAUGAUGCGUACAAUACAAUAGGAUUUGAUACGAUAUGAUAUGAUACAAUACAAUAUGAUACAAUGUGAUACGAUGCGAUACAAUAUGAUACAAUGGGAUACAAUACGAUACAACAUAAUACAGUACGAUACAAUAUGAUACAAUACAAUACAAUACAAUACAAUACGAUACAAUGUGAUAAAAUGUGAUACAAUACAAUACGAUAUGAUACGAUAAUCGGAGGAAAGUCAAGUUAUGAUAUGUUUUGAUAUCUGAUUUACUUAAGAAUAUGAAACACCAUGAAAAAAUGCACUAUCAAAGUAUUUAAAACAAGCAUAAGGAGUGAUGCAGCUAUGAUGUAGUGAGCCAAGAAAGGUACAUUUCUCCCAAGGUAUCAUGUCAAAUCUAAUUUAAUUCAAAGUAUUGCCUAAAAAUCUCAGUUCAGAGACCUGAUGGCAUCUAACCUGGACCCUUUAAUUCAAUUCAGAACAACAUAAUGAAAGCAGCAGGUGUGUCUUGUCUCUAAAGAUGGUCAGACAUGCAGUUUUAGAAGAAAAAAAGAAUAGGAGGAGAUUGAAGUGAAGGCUUUUACAGCUGCUGCUCCUGCGUUUUAUCCACCCUCCUCUCAGUGAUUUAAAUCUAUAGAAAUGGCAUUUAUGUUAGAAAUGUUCCCCUAGCUUGUGGUAAAACCAGAUAAUCAGCGCCCUCAUCAUCUGCUUAAGUCCUCUUAAGACCCCCAUUUUCUGCCCAGAUACCAUUGCAGACGGAUAUCUGGUCUUGGGCUGCAAGGCUCAUUAGCAAGAUUCUCUUUUUGUACAGAUGUCAGUUGGGUCUUUGUGUUUUAUCUCCCAUCUGGUGUUUGGGUUCAUGCCAGUUCGUAACGGAUGCGAGACGAAAACAAACGGGAGAAAUCAAAGAAGCGCCGCUUUCAUCUACCUGCAGAUUGCUGCUCUGUGUUUGGAGGAGCAGCAGCAGACAUCACAGGGUGGUGGCCUUUCAUCACAGGCGAGUGUCUUCAUCAUCAGGUCUGUUUCAGGCUCGGGUUCACUGGUUGUGCCCCCCUGAUCAUGCAAGGGGUCUUUACUUGGUUUAAUUAUGCUUCAAAGGGAAAAUCUAACAGAGCGUAACAGGUGAAUGAUAAAAUACUUCAGCGAUUUUUAACUUGAGAAGCUGUGAUUUACUUGUGUGGUUUGCUUCCUCUUUGUGUUAGCGUGUCUUACUUCCUUGGUGGGACAAAAAAGUGUUAAUCCAGCACCAGGAGCCCUUAUUGCAGUGAGCCAGCAGGUUAGCCAUAAUAAAACACACAUGUGCUCCCUUCUGAGAGUCAAUAUCCCUUUUUCCUUGUUAGUCUUGUGACACUAAUCUGAUCCGAGGCAGGUGUUCUUGAGGUUAACCUGAGCCGAAACAGGAAUUAAUCCUGUGAAAGAAAAAUACAUAAAGGGCCAGAGGUGGAGAAGUGAUGUAAAGGUGUUUUAGAGGGGGGCGGAAGGAAAUGAUGUAUAGCAGAAGGGCCACACGUGUUAUAUACAGCAAAUAGUUGAGAACAAGGGUUUGGCAGGGUGGGGUCCUGACACCGGGGUCUAUUUUCUAUUGUUUCCCAUGGAUUAAGAGCCACAAACUGGGUCAGUUACCACGUAUGUUGAAAAUGGCGUGUGAAAAGACAGACAGAACAAGCUACAGAAAAUGUAGAAUUAAAAAUGCCCAUGUCUGAGAUGUCAGUGGGAAAAGAUUGCGAUGAAUGGUCAUAAAGCCAUUAUUUGUUGUCUGUGUGUGUGUGAGAACAAGAAACAGACUGAGAGAAAUAUUUGUGGGUAGUGUAGCUGUUCACUCUCUGAACAGGCCAGUCCAAAAAAAACUGACAGGCUUUUGGCUGGACGCCUCGCACGUGAGUCUGGAAACAGCUGGACGGUGGAGCGAGGGAGGGAGGAGUAGAGGAGCAAUAGAAGACAGAGCCAAGGCGGCGCAGGCCAGUUCCCAGGCUUUGGCCUCUAGAGACCCCAGAGCAGAGGAAACACAGGGGAGGGGGUCUAAAUGGGCUGAGAACAGCUGCACCGAUGUCCUUAUGCCUGCAUUGUAAAACAAAGUCCAAAGUGGCUUUUCAUAUAGCUUAAAGGACUGAAGCCUGUCUUUGUUGUAACCGAGUUAGUCAAAACUACAAAAUCUGUCAGCUCCUCUCAUAUCAUCUGAAGUCUACAUCUCAAUGGAUGUCAUUUUACUCUAUUUUCAUCACUACAGUAUUAAAGCUAAGGCGCUCCAUCAACACUAAAAGAUUAGCAACAACUGCAGGUGAUUCCCAUCCAAUUCAUCUCACUCAUGUAGUUAAGAUGUAAAGUUAGAGGUUUCCCACCAUAGUUUACAUAUUUAUACAACAACAUAUGGUAACUAUGGGUCGGACGAGUUAGUUGAAAUGAGCCGUGCUGCUUGUAGAAAAGCAAUGAUACAGAAUUCUCAGGUCCUGUUAUUCUGUUAGAUGUAGCAAAAUCACUAGCAUCUUUUGGUUCAUCUUUUUUUUUAUUGUUAAAGCUAUCAAACAAAACAAUAUAUGAGAUAGCUAAUUUGUUAGAUAGCAGCUGAAUGUAUGGAAGAAUAAAUCAGUGCCAACAGUUUUGUCAUGCAGGUUGAUUACAUUUGAAUUCUGUGUUUAAAGCACAGAUCUAGUCUCAGAGUUGUCCUCCAGUGAUUUCUGAGGCAGAGUUGUGAAGCCUAUCAUUGGUAGUUGAAGUACCAGAAACCUGAACCGUUCUUUAGAUUGGCCUAGAAAUAAUCAAAGAGGCAGAGAUAAAGGGGGUCUAUAGCUCCCUGGCUAAUGGGUACAAAGCGCCCUGAUCCAUGCCUGUGAAUCUGCCUGAUUCUGCAAAAUUGUUAGCCUUUUAUCUUACAUCCAUGUGAGUUAUAGAAGAUUUCACUUCCUGUGCAGCAUGUAUGAAUGAAGAAAUGGGCUAAUCAGACAAAAUUUAAAAAAAUCUCUAUAUACUAGUGUAUGAAUAUCUGAAUAUGUCUGCUGUGAAAUGGACAUUGUAAUGUGGAUGUUGAUGGAGUGUCCUGUGCUUUUUUUAGCCAGCCUCAAAUGGUCACUUGAGAAACUUUGGUCUUCGCAGUUCUGCAUUGACUUCAUUUUUUAAACAAAGUUGGCUUAAAGCUCUUUGUCAUCGUCCCCAAUGUGUUUAUAAGUUCAAGGAUGCACACUUGAGAUGCCUUUGAGAAUGUAGAGAAGGUGGUCUCUUGAUUCAUCACUGACUUCUUCUUGGAUUCCUUUAACAUUUCUGAACCUAUAAACGCUCAUCUGUGGGAUAGAUCAGCAGGUGUACAUGAAAACACUGCACAAGUCUGUCUGAAGCCCACUAUGAUGAUUUACAGUGUCAGUGGGAUAUCUAUCAGCCAUCUGGCACAGGGACGUGGCCCCAACAUGCUAUAAAAGAACGAAGAGGUUGAAACACUUAACAUGUGUGACGGAUGACAUCACAUGACCCCUGCAGGUGUCUGUUGUACUGUCAACCAAAUAAACAUUUGUUUCCUUGUCCGACAUGAUGCUAGAUGCUUUUUAAAUGUUUUACCCUUUAAGUGAUGGUUUACUCAUCCUUAUAUUUCUCUUUUUCCUCAGGGUUGUGGGACAUCGUGUGGAAAAUGUGACUGCAGCGGUGUAAAAGGAGCAAAGGUGAGAUUUUUAUCAACACCUAUUUGACGCAAAACUGCAAACCAGCCCUUAUGUAUUUCUCCAGUAAUUUUACACACCUUCAUUUAUAUGUGUUUCUGAUGCAAAGUGCAGGUUGUGUAAGUUCAUCACAGGCCAAAGCAAGGACAACAGCACAUUAUGUACUCUGUAUAAUGGGGUCAGCUCAGUGGGACAGACUUGAACUUGGUUUGGGUAAAAAAACAAUGAAUAGGACUCAGUCACAGCAGAGACCAGGACCAGAACAGAGAUCAGUUUGAAUUAGAGCAUGUCCACAUACACAGCUGGGUUAAGGCCUUAUUCCCAUCAGACAGGGGCUUUAGGGAUACAGAUGUACAAGUGGUGGAGACAUAAGACAUGAACUGGAAAUCAGCCAUUAAGCUGUCCGCGCUUUGGCACGAGUGUAAAUCACUGACCAGAGCAGAAAGUUGGCAAAGCUUUUUCAACAAAUCUUAAAUGUGUUUCAUUAUAAGUAAUGACAUGAAAAUAAAGACUAUCUCGUUUUAUAAUUGAAAGUAUUACCUCGGUGGACUUUUCUCAGAGAAACUUCCUUUCUUGUUCAUGAAGGUCUAAAACUAUUAACUGUGUAAAGAGUAUUUUAUUUUGAAAGGGAUUUCUCCAGCAAAAAGUGGAUUUUUUUUACCUUCUGUGAAGGGAUUGCAGAAGACAAAGCAUUUGCACCACACAGACAGUGUUUUUUUCUCUCAACUGUUCUCUUAUCUUUGACUUUUUGUCAUGAAUUAUGGGAUGUUAAAAAAGGGAGACUAUAACUUUGUAUUAUAUUUCAAACAUUUGGAGAAAAGUUGUAAAUCAACGCUUUAAUGUAGAUUUAUUUUUUUACUUCCACUCCUGCCGUGUGAGCGUACAUGUGUAUCAUUGGCCCACUUCUAUCAGACCACUGCAGAGUGUUAUCUCUCCUCUAAGUGCAACAGUCUGGCCUUUUAUGGCCCAUUCUUGCAGCAACAGUAGCCAAACACUGAGCCUAGCCGACAACAACAGAUGUACUGACUGUGUUCAGUGGAUCCCGGCCAAAUCCACUGUGGAUUCAAGCCCCUCUGUGUUUGAAAAGUUGCUAAAAACCCCAAACAGCCUUCCGAAAAAUCUCCUGUGAGUUUUAUUUCGAAUGAUAUCACUUCCUGACGUCGCACAAUAGGAGUUGCCUUGGUAACUUGCUCUAGAUUCCCAUGACUCAAGACGCAGUGUUUCUCUUGACUGAUGGCAGUCAGGUGUUUUGUGGUCUGGGACUGGAAAUCAUCCAAACAAUGCUCAAUAUGGUUUCAUUUAGUCUGCUGCUAAGCUGUACACACCACCCUAAGGCUUUGGCACGUUUUGGGAGAUUUGAAGACAUCUGGAGGAGGACUCCACUGUGUCAAACAAUGCUGCCAUCUGGUGGCAAGUGGUGCAUAAAGCAUGACUUUAGUUGCACAUUUUUGGAUCACUAAAAAAAAUGCAAAAAAAAAACUUGGGAUUUUUUUUUUUUUAAGAAACAGUUUCUCUGCUGCUUAGGUAAUAUUUAAUUGAAACAACAUUUUCACCCAAAAGUAAUCUGAGUCUAAAUUAGAAUUUUUAUUGAACAGAUUUUUGAUACAAGUUUGUGAUUGGCUGUACGGUCCACAGGGGAGAGAUUUAGGACACUGAAAGCCAAAGUUCUCAAGAGUGCUGUCCCUGGCAUAGAUCUUUAAAACUCAGCGGUCUAUGUGUAGAUGUCUUGAUAGAUGCUGACACUUUUACCUGGACUUUCAUGCUUCAGGUGCCCUCGAACUGGUAGGCCAGCACCAUACGUCUACUUGGUCUUCCCUUUAACAGCAUGAUAAUUGGUAAAACUAGCUUUUCUUUGUCAAUGUAUCUCUCUACGGGGGAAAAGAAAUAUACCUUACUUUGUAGUUUUUAAUUCAUUGUAGAGACAUUCAGUAAACAUGCACACAAUGUUCUUCAAUAGUGCUGGAUGUGACAGACUAAAUAUACAUUAUCCCCACAUACUGGUAUGGCAUCGAGUGUGAGCAUUCCCCACUGUUUCUGAGGGAAUAUCUUUGCAAACAGAGGAGAAAAACCUCUGUUUUUAAAAAUACCUGCCUAUGGUGGACUAGGCUUUACACUGACAAUGAAAAUACAAGGAAACACAGAAACACUGUCACAAGAAAACAAGACGAGCUGUCACAUGAGGAAGUGUAGACCGACCUUUAAUACACACAAGGAUUGUAGGAUUGUAUCAAGACACAGGUAAAGCACAUUGGGUAAACAGGAUAGCAUGGAACAGGUAGUCAAAGGACCUUGAAUGUAGGUAGGUAAUGAAAGAUAAUAUCAGCAAGGUGAAGUGAUACUAGUAAGGUGAGUAGUAUUUUUAAGAUAAAAGCAUCCAUGCUAAAUUAAGAUUAAUACAAGUAGCCAUGCUACUACUCUAAUAAAUACAUUAUAUUUCAGUGUUAGACUCAGUCACUGACUUUGUUUUAUGAACUUUUACUGCUGAUUCAUGUGAUUUUUUCUUCAAAUAUCAAUUUCGUCUCAUCAAAUCUUUGUCAUAGUGAAUAUAACUGAAAGAUUUCCAUCCUUGUGUCAUCGUCCUGUUCACAGGGUGAGCGUGGGUUUCCUGGUCUUCAAGGUAAUAUGGGAUUCCCAGGGAUGCAGGGACCUGAGGGGCCUCCAGGGUCAAUGGGCUUUAAGGUAAGCGAACCCUCACACUGAUAAAACAUUCAAUAACUUCCAAUUAGUGGUUUCAUCCAAGUCCAAAGCUGUGACGUUAUAAACAAAACCUAUCUCAUAGCGAUCAUCUUAGAGCUUGGCACACAAAAACAAUGAUUGCUCUUUUUUACAUUGUCAUCUAUGUCUUAUAGGGAGAUACAGGUGAACCCGGAACGACUGGGAUAAAAGGAGUGCGGGUGAGUAAAUAACUGCCAUGUCAUGAUAUAUAUGAUAUUAUAAGUCAGUAUGAUAUGAAAAGUAUGAAACGACCUUUAACAGACUUCAACUCCAGAAAUGAUUGCUUGAGAGUUGGUAUUAUUGUGAGAUGUUUAUACUGACAUAUUUAUGAUCUUUCAGGGUCCUCCUGGUCUGCCAGGUUUCCCAGGCAACCCAGGGCUUCCAGUAAGUCUGAUGUUUUUUUACAUAUUUAAGGUUACAUUUUAAAUACAGAUAGUGUGUUCAGAGUGAGGUUGUUAAGACAGAGCAGAGCGGUCAGGUGCUAACAGCUGCUAAAUGUCUCAAACUGUCUACCUGUGCAAUCUUAGGGUAUCAAUGGAAAUGACGGCCCACCAGGUGCACCAGGUAUCCCAGGAUGCAAUGGCACUAAGGUAAGGCUCCUAUUGAUGUUUUUGUUUUCAGCAAAACACAUUCUAAUAUUCUUCAAUAUGUGGUGUGUGUGUGUGUGUGUGUGUGUACUCUGAAACUUUGUGUGUGUGUGUGUUUCAGGGAGCCAAAGGAAGGGAUGGCAUUUCUGGUUUUCCAGGUGUUCAAGGACCUCCUGUAAGCAACAGUGUUUCACAUGAUACCACAACGCUUUAAAACUGUUUUUUGACUAUCAAGAUCGUAAUACAGAACCAAGUAAAAGAUGUUUGAAGCUGCAACAUGAUGAACCUUUUAUGAAAGUAUAUUCUUCAUGUGUUUGUGUUAACCUUGUUUUCUCUUUUUAGGGCCUCCCUGGAACUCCUGGAAUGAAGGUCAGUCAAAAUUUAAGACAACUUACUUAGCAUUCAGUAUGUGAUGCUUAAAUGGGAUCAAACACUGACAGUAGCACUGACUGAUAUUGUUGCUGUCUUUGAGACAAACAACAUCAAUGGGAAACAGGAUUGCACUGAAGAGAAGCAAAGGGUUGGCUAAAAUUCACCAACAAAUGCCAGCAUAGUUAGUCAGGUGCAUCUCUGACAAAUGUACCUGUUAUUAUACCAACUGCAAUAACAGUAAUGUCGCCGCCUGCUGGCCUCUGAUAAGAAUACAGAUUUAAGACUCUUCUACACUGGCUUCUCUCUGCAGACCUGGAGGCUCCACUCGCUUCAUUAUAAACAGACAUGAAUAUACAUUUAUUGGUAGUAUGAUGCCAUAUGAGGUCUACCAAAUCAUUUCUCUAUGUUUUUUUAUGUGCCUCCUACAGGGUGACCCCGGUGGUGUGAUCGGGAUUGUUCCCCUCAAAGGAGACAGAGGCUUCCCUGGCACACCUGGAUUACCUGUACGUUUUGUUUUAUGUGUAUGCAUAUGCAUAUGUGUGUUUGUGUAUGUGUAGCAAAAUGCAAACAUAUUUUACAAGUUUGGAAAGAGGCAAACUAAGAAAAUGUCAUCAGAAUUAUCAUGAAACCUGCCACUCCUAUGCAUCUUUCUUUCUCAGGGAUCAAAUGGACUCCCUGGACCUACUGGACCACCAGGAUCCCGAGGCUAUCAAGGACCCAAAGUGAGUUAUUUAUAGUGAUCAACUCCACUCACAGAUAAUAAUCGACAUGCUAGUCAUUGUAUAAAAAAUAUGAUUUGUAUUCGUAGGAACACAUAUUAGAUCUGCUGUAAUCAAUUUGUUUCACUCGUGUCUGUUUACAGGGUGAUCCUGGCCCCCCGGGACCCCCUGGAGAGAAGGUUGGAAUAAAAAUAGUCACAUUAGAAUUCGACAACUUUGAUUUCACCCUGUCAAACAUCCUAUAACUUCAUUGUUUCACCAACAUGUCAUUGAUUUGUUUGUACAUUUCCACAGGGUGACAGGCUGGCCUUUGUGAGCGAGAAAGGAGACAAGGUGAGAAUUUUUGUUAAACUCCUAAGAUCCUCCUAGACACUUGGUUUUACUUUACAAUUUACACUUUAAUGUAAACUAAUGGGAUUUUUUUGUCAUCUCCCUGCAGGGUGACCGAGGCUUUCGUGGACCCCCUGGCCCACCUGGACCACCCUCACAAGGAGUGGAAGGAACCACCACAGUGCAUGUCCCUGGACUACCGGUACUCACUAAGUCUCUAACACAGUAAUAAUAAUGUUCCCAAGUACAGGUGUAAGAAUACAAUAUGAUAGAACCCGUGUUCAUUUGUAAGAAAAAUAUUUGCAAUAUUUCCAUUUCUAACAAUGAUGAAUUUUGUAUAUUGAGCUCACAAAUACAUUUAAAUUCAUAUGGGUGAGAGGUCAGUAUUUAUACUGUACACAUAUUUACAUUUUAAAAAUAAAAUCAUAAAUAAGAUCAGUUAAGUCAAGAUAACGUACAGCUGAUAAAGCGCGAUGCUUUGAGGCAGAUCUCUCAGGUCAUACAACAUAAACCUUUUAGUAAGAAUAGUAUUAAUAUUCAAACCAGUGUAUGACAGAAAGGGUUUCAAUGUUCUGUGGAACAUGGAAACAGGCAGUGUAUUUAACAAAUAAUCCACUUUAUAUGAAAUAAAAUAUAUGACCCUAUGUUAAUGUAUGCUGUUGGGACCUUUUCUGUGCAUAGUCUACCAUAUAAGGUUUGUAUUUUGUAGACGUUCCUGUAUUCGUUAGUGGUUGAGGUGUUAGAGUGAUUUUUCUUGUUUUUUUUGUCCUCAAGGGGGACAGGGGACCUCAAGGAGACAAAGGAGAAAAAGUAAGUAUUACAGUCUUUCACUAUUACAUUUCACUACUUUGCACUUUGUUUAUAAUCUUGAUUUUUUUUUUGUCUGAAUUCGAACAUUAUUUUCAUCAUUUCCUGUUUCCUUUUACAGGGCUACUGCGUACCAUACCUAACUGGUAUCAAAGGUGAAAUGGGCCCACCUGGAUCUGCCGUAAGUCUCUAUGAUACAGUAUAAUGGCUUGUUAAAGAUGUAGUUUGAUACUUUUUAGUAUUUUUACAAACAAACUUUAAUUUUUAAUGUUAGGUGCCAAAGCUCAUUGCUGACCAGGUUUUGAGUUGUGGGGUUAAAAUGUACUGCAGUAAUCCUCAGAUGAGAGUGCAGGCUGCUCUGAAGGGCAUAUUAAAAAGAUCACACAAGAAUUAAAUGAAGCACUUACCAAACAGACACAUUCUGCUCAGGUCUAUGAGAGAUAUUACUUUUAGCAUUGCAAUAGUGGAGGAGAUUUCUGCAGUUCUGGAUCAGUUCAUUUUAAAGACACCAACCUCAAACAUUUUUUUCAUCUGUUAAUCAUGAAUUAGCUAUUCAACAAGCUUCAAAUCUGUCAGAAAGAUGAAUGAAGCCUGAAAUUGAGCAUAACACCCUGUCUUUAAAUAAAGAAGUUCAGAGGUGUCUUGGUAGAAAUGUAUGCACAACUUCAUAAAUACAGUGUAAUGUUGCAGUAUGUCUAUAAUACAAGUGUCAACUUAACUGUUUAACCCUAUCGUUUGUAUUUUAGGGCAAACCUGGCAAAGAUGGAGAUUAUGGAUCAAAGGUAUCAAUAACUUGCUGUAUUGUCCGUCUAUAUUCCAUCAGUGCUUCUUAUAUUACAUGUUAUCGACUAUUUGUUGCUGAAGUAUACACAUAUUUUUGUUAAAAGGGAGAAAAAGGCUUCCCAGGUUCACCGGGCUAUCCUGGCUCUCAGGUAAAUAAUGUUCCCUUGAUUUCCUUAGAUCAUCUUUGUCCUAAAUAACAUUAUUUUUGAAGAGCAAUAGUAAUGGAGACUGAAUUGCUUUUUUUACAGGGUGAAAAAGGAGAAAGAGGACCACCAGGCUAUGUGAGUUAGCGCCCUCCACCUCUAGCUUUGACUUUCUUCAUCACUGUGUAUCUAUCUCUUUCAUCCAUUUAUAACUUUCCUCAUCAGAAGGGUGAUUUUAACAAAGCUACCAGCAGAUGUCUCUGCAUACAGAGGAUCAAGCCUCAAAUGAACAGGAGAAUUCUUAGCAGUAAUAGCUUGGCGAAUAAUUUCCAUACGAGGGAGUUAUGUGUCAGUAGAGGUCUUGGUAAUACUUUAAGAUGACAGCUGAACGAUUUCAAAGAUGUUACUGUUCAUUUGGAAGGGAGGGUUUGUAAAAAGAACAUGCUGAGUUGCAUAUAUGUAUACUUGUACUAUGAAGGGAACUGUUUUUUUCUCCAAAUAAGGGUCUAAGAGAGUAACACUAACUUUUUAAAUGUUUAUCUUUACCAGUUUAUUCAGUUAUUUAGAAAUAGACCUUCCGUGUUCAACAGAAGUCUGACGAGGACCAUAAAAUGCUUUCGACCAUGUUGGUGAUCCAUCUCUCACAAAGCCUACAGUUUCAUGAAAAAGUAGAAAAGAAGAUCUCAGUUUCUGGACAAUCUUUUUAGAUUUUCAACAUUGUAAUGAUUUAAUUUUAGGGAAGUGGUGCUCCCGGUUCCCCUGGUCCUCGUGGUCUCCCAGGGCAGCAAGGAGAAAAAGGUGAAGUAAGACCAUGACAUACCCAAAGCUUCUUCAGAUGGAUUCCCUCUACAACCGUGUUUUUCCUCCUAACUUGGUUUUGUGUAAUCCACAGGCUUUCCUGGUCCUCAGGGAGAGGCAGGUCCACCAGGUAACGGAGCACAAUUUUUCAGCACAGUACAGGCUGCAGGUGUGAUGCGGACUUUGAAGUAACCAAACUGGCGCACUUGUUUUGUUCGUCAGGUCGGUACCUUGAGGGGCCUCGUGGAGAGCAGGGUCAGAAAGGAAGCCUGGGAGAAAAAGGAGACAGGGGCAUAGAAGGAGAAUCUCUUGUGGGACCACCAGGUCAGCCAGGAUCCCCUGGAGCCCCUGGACUUCCUGGACAACCGAGUACGUCCUCUUAAUCAGAACCACGGAAAAUAAUACAAAUUAUAAAUUCAUGAAUCAACUAGGGACAUUUCCAUUUGGGACAUUUGAAUUGAUAUUUUAACAACUGCAUGUGUAUUUUUGUGUGUGUGUUCUUGUGUGUAUGUGUGAUGAUAUGACCAAACAGUUGACCCUAAUGAAUGCAACAUUGAGAAAGGAGCUCCUGGCCCACCUGGACCUCCAGGUUUACAGGGAGAAGUGGGACAAAAAGGUAAGAAACUUUCAAAUUAACCACUGAGCAAAAUAAGUUAACCAUUUUAUGAUAUUGAAUAACACUUCAUGAAUGCUCCUCCUUCAGGUGACAAAGGAGAUACCUGUGUUCAGUGUGAGGGACACGGCCCACCUGGAUCAGAAGGGCCCCAGGGUCCUAAAGGAGAUCGAGGUAGGUGACCAUUGAUGGUGUCCACUGUGCUUGAAAUUCUGAUUCCACUUGAACUUUUCAUUUCCCAAAUCUAGACAUUGCUGCUUGGUUAAGAUCCAAAAACCACGUUAGCCUCUCAAUAUCUGUUUAACCUGAUCAUCAUGUGAAUCCCGUUUAACUGUUAACUGUAGUCAAUGUCUACGAUAUUUCUGUACUGACUAACUACUGUUUGUUUUUAACCUUCAGGACCUCCUGGAACAGUAGGCAGCAAAGGAGAGAAGGGUCGAUCUGGCUCUCCUGGAGCUCCUGGGAGACCUGUGAGUGAAAUAAUGUCUGAGAUACUUGGGACAAGAAGACCUGUGUGAAUAUACAGUACAUAAUACACAGUUUUGGACUUUGUGCAGGGUUCUCAUGGCACACCUGGGUUGAUGGGAGCCCCUGGUGCUGUUGGUGACCCAGGGGACAUGGCUCCUGGUCUGAAAGGGGACAAAGGUCUGCCUGGUGUUGCUGGCUCACCGGGACAGCCAGGACUGGAUGGACAGCCAGGGAGGGAUGGCUCCCCAGGUUUGCCUGGCCUCAAAGGAGAACCUGUAAGUGUGUGUCAUUUGUUUGAUGAGGGAAGUGUGAUAUCAGGGUAUCCCAAUUUGUGUGACUAUUAAACUGAUAAUGGUUUCCAUUGAUGGUAGAAUGAAAAUGAUAAUCAUAUUAUAAUGAAUAAAUUUAACAUAGAGAGGCGUUCAGCAGAUAAAGAGUCUGGUGUUAUAUCAGAGGUUGGAGAAGACCAAAAGCAGAGAUCAUAAAAGAAGCAAAUAAUCUUUUUCCAUCAGAUCAUUUUACCAAACAUGUUUGUCUUAUUUACCUCAUAAAGGGAGAUCAGUGUUGUACAGUUGUUUGUGUUAAACUCUUUUGGCCAAUAAAAUCUGUUAUACAGGUUUAAUUUUAACAUUUUUUAUGCAUUAAAAAGUCAAUUAUUCCUGCAUGCAUCCUUCAGAAUUCAAAUACUUAAUUUAAUGUUACCAAAGAAAAGACACUUUUAUGUCAAUUUCAGGCCAAAGAAGGCAUCAAGGGUGAGCGUGGAUUUGAUGGAGACCCUGGUCGUGCUGGGCUUCCAGGCGAGAGGGGUCCACCUGGACUGCCAGGCUUUGGUAGACCUGGAGAUGCUGGAGAAAAGGGAAGCCAAGGCAGACCUGGCCUUCCUGGAACUCCGGGAGCACCAGGUACGACCAAUAUCUGUACACAGAGAUCUGCAGAUAUCAAAAGUAUCUGCUCAUAAGGCAGUAAGGUCAAAAAGAAGUACAGUUAUACUUGUUUUAGGUUUCAGAUCUGAAUGAAAACUGAUGUUUGUUAACAUCCAACUACCCACUUACAGGUGCUAAAGGGGAGCCAAGUGUGAGCAGUCCCGGACCUCGGGGAGAACCUGGAGCAAAGGGAGAAUCUGGCAGACCUGGAUUUCAAGGCAGGAAACAUUUGUUUUAGGUUUUGCUGUAAUGCAACAAAAUCCUCAGAAAGUGGAGUAAAUUUGUGAGCCUUAGCUCACCUUUCUUAGCUGAGAUUAGGGUAGUGUUACAAUCUGUGUCUACCUUGAUUGAUGUUUAGUUGGCACAUGGUAACUGGUUACCAUGCAACAUGUUGUUGGCUUUAGGUGAAAGAGGUCUACCCGGAGAUCAAGGGUUGCCAGGUUUCCCUGGUACAAAAGGUGACCAAGGAUCUCCUGGUAUUGGAUUUCCUGGCCCAACUGGUCCCAAAGGUAAGACGGCCUGCGUUGACCCUGAUCACUUUUCCAUGCCUAGCUAACAGAGGUUCUGUGGAUAGCACAAAUUCAGAAAAUGAAAUAAAUAUAAAAUAUUAUAAAAUGUUUGUAGGUGUCGGUGGAAUUCCAGGAACUAAGGGAUCACCAGGAGAACCAGGAAGACCUGGGCAGGAUGGUUCGACUGGAAAACCUGGAUUACCUGGACUUAAAGUUUGUACUUCUUUGCAAAUGUGUUUGAAAUAAAAAUAGAUAUGUGUGUAUAUCUCUCUACACAUGGUGAGGAUUUCUCACAAAAGGCUUGAAAUGAUCAGUUUUUGAUAAUGGGACACAAGUGUUUCAAGCACAAAGGGAACAUUGUUUGGGAACAUUACAAACCGCGCUCCAGCAAACAGACCUGUUGACUUUGCAUGCACCCUAAAAUGGUGAAUCUGUAAAAUCAUGAUUUCCAGAGCCUAAAUUCAAGAAUUAUUCCUUUUCUUUGCAGGGUGAACCAGGACGAGGUCUUCCAGGCCAAAAAGGUUUUCAGGGUGAACCAGGAGUCACUGGCUUCCCAGGAGAGAAGGGAGAAAUUGGACUUCCUGGUGUUCCUGGAAGAGAAGGCCGAACAGGACCUCCUGGUGCUCAGGGAAUAAAAGGUACAGUCCAAAACUUUUGUAACUGUAGUGCGCAGUGAGGAUCAAACUAGUUGCUCCUUGCAUAAUCCUCAUCACAAGUAAAUCAUUGGUUUUCUUUUGUUUUUCAAUCAGGUGAAGUGGGACCCCCAGGGCCUCCUGGACUAAGUGGCUCACCAGGUGCUCCAGGAAAAGGCUCCCCUGGACUUCCAGGACCACAAGGACCAGCUGGAGAGUCCGGCCCAACUGGUUAGUUCAGAUUUAGCAUUCAAGCACAGACCCACUUUUUAAUGGUAGAAAUCUGACGUAAGUGAUGCACAAUCUGAAAAGCUCUUUACUCACUGUAAUCUGACAAGUUUGUAUGCAUUCAUGUUGAGCAGGACAGCCAGGUGUCAAGGGUGACAAGGGUUACCCAGGUCCACCUGGUCUGGACAUGCCAGGGCCUCAGGGAGAGAAGGGAGCCUCAGGAUUCCCUGGAGUGCCAGGAAGUACAGGACUUCCUGGGCCACCAGGCUUACCAGGACGGGACGGACUCAUUGGAAACCAAGGUGAGAUUACAGAACAGCUAAUACAUUUAGGAGGAAACAUAAACUGAAGGAGGCGCUCUCUACUGUCUUGUCGGUGGUCUUUUGUUUGUUCAGUGUUGUUUUUUUAUUAUUGAGUUUAAAUAUGGAGGCAGCAGUGAUCACUCCUCAAGCUUGAAUUUUCAGCAUUCACCUUCAAUGUCCUACAGAAGAGGCAACAAUGAAUCUCAGAUCAUUUUGUCCUCCUGCUGCUUUGUAAUUGUUUCUUAUUUUUUUAUGUCAGGUCCAAAAGGUGAAAUGGGGGUUAUUGGAACACCAGGAGUACCGGGAUUUCCAGGACCACCUGGGAUACCUGGAUCUCCUGGUCCAAGAGGUAAUAAGAACCAAAUCAUGAAAGAGAUUCAUAGAUUUAGACCCUUCACAGACUUUUAUAGUAACCAAUAAAUCAAAAUUCCCUCUCCAUCCUCAGGUGAUAUCGGUAGAAUUGGACCACAAGGUGGCAUUGGAGAGCCUGGAGCUAAGGGUGAAAGGGGAGAACAAGGUCUUCAGGGUCCUGCUGGAAACAUGACUGACAUUCAGAUGGAGCAAAUGAAGGGGGAGAAGGGAGACAGUGGAGACAGAGGUUUGAAAUAACACACCAUUCUUUGUACAGUUAGAGUUUAUUUACCCAAAUAGUGUAAAAUUUCUUAACCUGUUUUUUUCAAACUUUGGUUAGGUGACCCUGGAUAUACUGGACAGAAGGGCCACCGUGGACUUCCUGGAGACCCUGGUAUGCCAGGAAAAGAUGGAGAACCUGGAUUACCUGGACAACCUGGUAACCACCCUGACAUUAAAUUUAUUGAAAGUUUUUGUUCUUAUCCUUGUGUUGUUUAUCUGAUUCAAAGUAUUUCACCAUGAAUUUCCUUCAGUAAUCUAAAAAUCCCAAAAAGAGAGCACAAGAAUAAAACAAUUUAAUUUGUAAUGUUUGAUUUGUCUAAGGUGAGAAGGGAGAUUCUGGUUUAGCAGGAGAUCCAGGCAGUAUGGGACCUCCAGGACAGAAAGGUGGUUCGGGAGAGAUGGGAAUCCCUGGUAAGAAAUGCACAUACUAUGACAAAAUCAUGUUCUAUAAGUAAGUUUAAUUUAGUCCUGUAAGGACAGAGAUGUCAGAAAAAUAUUAAUAUAUAUAUAUAUAUAAUAUAAAUGUUUUUAAAAAAUUGAAUUUGUAAACCUGGCAGGUGCCUUUCAUCCGUUUAACACGCUUGUGUAUAUUUACACAGGUCCUAGUGGUCCAAAGGGUAGUAAAGGAGACUUUGGCACACCAGGACAUCCUGGAUUCAGAGGCACAGAUGGGCAGAAAGGAGAAAAGGGAGUAGCUGGUGAGCCAGGUAUUGGCAUCCCAGGGACUCCAGGAGAAAAGGUAACUCACUAGCUACAACAACUGUAAUGUAAUAUGAUGAUCUCAAAGAUCUGUGAACUCAGAGAUUUGUAAAGUGGCUCCAUUAGCUUGUGUUCUUAUCUUAAGUGCACUGAAAGUUUGCAGCUUCAGCAGGGCCUAGAUGCCCAACUAUCUCCUCUUAAAAAUAACAGCAGUUACUUUCUGAUGAGGACAGACCUAAAUCACUUGUGUCAUUGCUUUGUGCAAAUCUGCGCAAUGAUGUUAUUCAGCUGACAUGAGGUCGAUCAGUUGUAAGGAAACCAUAACAAAACAUCAGGUUUUUGGUAAAAUUGUCAAAGAGGGAGCCUCUGUGUAAGCUACUCACAGCUACCUGAAGAAGAUGAACUGGCACUAGUCCUGUGGAUGUAAUGAACAAAGAAAGGACAGCAUUACUAUUACAGGAUAAUCUGGAGAGGCAGAUUUAGCUCUGGUCUUUGUUGUGUUGGCCGAUCCUCUCAAUGAUAUAUCCUCAGUCUUUACUAAGCAUACUUCCUCUCAUUUUUAUUCUGACAGGGUCUGGCUGGGCAGCCUGGAUUCCCAGGAUCUCCAGGGGAGAAGGGUCAGAGGGGUCAUGAGGGUAUGCCUGGAAAGCCAGGACUGGAAGGUCCCAAAGGAGACAAAGGAAGCGCUGGGUUUCCAGGUCAGAUAUCAGUAUCUGUGAUGAUGUGUUCUUUCCAUUCUCUGUAUUUCGAUAUUUUAUUUAUAUAUGUUUGUGUGUGUGUGAGUAGGUCAAUCAGGCAGACCAGGUGAGAAGGGUACAGUUGGGCUGCCAGGGUCUCCAGGAGAAUCCGGUCGUGAUGGUCGACCUGGUGAGUUACAGACUUAUUUAAUCAGAUAGAAAAGUUUCCACAUGUUCAGCAGAGAAGAUGAUUUAUUGAUUUCAAAGUUCAACAUCUAAGUCACCUUUAACAUUAUUAGUCCUGUUUGAAAAAGUUUCUGUGCCUUUGUCAUACAGGCAGUGUAAAAAAUGAGCUUUAGACAUCUUCCCAUACAGUCAUUAAAUGUGUAUAUAUGUGUUUUUCUUACAGGCGAAGGCGGCUUGCAGGGACCUCCUGGUCCUUCUGGAGAAAAGGGGGAACCUGGAGUGGACGGUAUUCCUGGAUCCUCUGGAGAAAGAGGCGACCCGGGUAAGUAUCAGAGGAGACAACACAACAAUGAAAUGCUGUUACAGUCGUUUCACAGCUGAGGAAAGGAAACAAAGGUUGUGCGAUUCUCUGAUAUAUUGUAUAUAUGCGUGCUAAAAUAAUAAAACUGAAUCAGUGUUUCAUUAAAAUGAAACUCACACCUAAAUAACUGGGUAAGCUAUAACACAAGCUAUACAGCCUCAAGUAACAAUGCAUCAAAUUGUAUGUUAUCACAUGGAAUCCUGUCAUACUGUUUCCUGUUGUAUCUAAUCACACUGUCUCAAAUAGUAUAGUGUCACAUUAUGCAUCCUUUUGUAUUAUAUUUUAUCAUAACAAACACAGUGUGCUACAUUGUCUCAUACCUCAUCAAAUUAUACUUUUUCAAACAGUAUUGCAUUAUAUUGAAUGGUAUUAUAUCAUACUGCAUUGUGUAUAAUUGUAUCGUGACUUGACGAAUAGCAAAAUAUGAAUGGGUGAUGUACGGAUUCGUAUCAUAUAGCGUUGCAGUGUUAGAACACCAUCAAACAUCCAUCAGUUAAGAUAGCAGUAACUUUUCCAUGACUACUAACUACUACAUAACUAAUCAUAAACCCAAGAAACCAAUCAGUCCUAUCAUUUCAGAUAAUAUGAUCCCUCCUUUUGACAGGUCUACCUGGUCGAGGUUUCCCUGGACCCCCUGGUACUCUUGGAGGCAAAGGUCAGACCUCUUCUGUUCUUGAAUUGUAAUCGUUGAAUCAUUGAAGUCAAACAGACUUUUAACACUUGGUCUUAUCAUUGCCUCUGCAGGUGACAAAGGCAGUCCUGGUUUCCCUGGGACUCCAGGUCAUCCAGGUGUCUCUGGUAUUAAAGGCGACAAGGGAUUUCCUGGCUUACCGGGACCCCAGGGUGAGGCAGGGGAGAAAGGGCUCCCGGGUAUGUCUCUAGAAGGUCCCAAAGGAGAGAGGGGAGAAACAGGGCAGUCCGGAGACCAAGGUAAACAAACACCUAACAUCUGUCUUCUCAAUGUUUCAUAAUGGACUCAUUUCUUAAAAAUCACAGUUGAAAAGUGCUUUCAUGUAGGAUCAUGUGAUUUGUCAAACAGGAUCCCCAGGAGCACCAGGACUCCCUGGUGUGCCAGGCAGAGAUGGUCUGAAGGGAGAGAGAGGAAACCAGGGUAAUCCCGGUUUCCAAGGAGAGACAGGACAGAAGGGUGACCCAGGAGUUCCUGGACUUCCUGUACGUCAUAAAUCUGCUUUCCAUGUCUAAGGGUCCUGUUUGAAUGAUAUAAAGCAUACCUUGAAUAUUCAUGGGUGUGUUUUCGGUGCAACAUAAAUCAGACCAAUUCGAUGGGUCUGUUUUCAUUCCCUUUACAAAUAAGAUAGGCAUGUUGUUACUUACAUGGCUGAUUUCAGCCUUUCUGCUUAAACACAGAAAACACAAUCAGAUCACAAACACUGUUUAAGUUCUGUUGAUGCUCAGAUUGAAGUUACAUGUCCGCUGAAACAGUUCCUCUGCUCAGCAGAAAUGAUGAGGAACUUUUACAAUGAACAAUGUCCUGUGUACCUAAGGCUGUAAUACUUUUAAUUUAGAAAAGCUCUGCACACUGAUUUUAGGCUUUAGACCAGGUUUUUGUUGGUCUUAGGUGCAAAUGCUUUCUAUUUAUUCAACCUGGGUGCUGGGUGUAAUGACACUUGUGCUGCACCCCAAAACACUCCUGGUUAGGGUGUGAUGAAGCUCUUAGACUUUUUCACUUUUUAAAACAUAGUAUAGGUUUUAAGGUAACUGAAAAUGUCCGUGUUUUUGUGUGUCUUCAUUUUGUACAGGGACAACAAGGCCUUCCAGGUAUCGAUGGACAGAAGGGUGAGAAAGGACUGCAGGGUGUCCCUGGCUUUCCAGGUGGGUGCUGUUGUACAGAGUAAGACUGUGUGUGUGUUUAUGUGUGCAAGCAUGUGUGAGAGACGUGAUGUGUAUGUACUUACAAACGAUUAACUGAAAUACUUCAUUCUUUAAUCCAAACUUUAGGUACAAAGGGUGACGGUGGUGACGUCGGUUUCAAAGGAGAAUAUGGAGACCGAGGAUUCCCAGGAGAAAAGGGUAACUAGUCAUCUUGUGUCAACAAUUUAAACAAUCUUAUCAAUAAAAAUAGAAACACCAGGCCUCAUUCAGAAAAACCUUCCUUCUCUAAAGAAGUGCUCUGAAGAAGUCUAAAGAAGUCAAAAGUACAUUUAUGGUUCAGUUCUUAGGCGGCAGAAUUGUUGACACCUGUGUUUUUAAAAUAUUUUAAAGUAUUUGUAAAAUAUUUGUACACAUUAGAAUAACACAGAACUGAACAGGGAACUGAGGGAUGUCAGGAAUAAUACUUCACUCUAGAUUUCAAAAUCAGAGAAAAUCUUACAUCCACAAUCCUCUAUAAAUAGCCUUAUGCUAAACUGAUAAGUGUUGUCUCUUAAAAACCUCUAAUACUGAGGCAUUGAUUUAGCUCCGUGAUAGAUGGGCUGUAGUCCUUGUCACACUGAUCAUGAGAUCGAUUCCCAGUCACUGCAUAAUUCAGUGCAGGCCACUUCCCGCUGUCUUCCCCACAUUUCCUGUUUUUCUUGAGCUGUCCCUUCAAAAAGAAUGACCAAAAGCUCUAAAAAUUAUUCUCAAAAAUGUGUUUCAGGUAAUGUUGGCCCCCCAGGCCCCCCUGGCCCCGCCACCCACGUCAAAGGUGACAUAGGAUUCCCAGGGAUUCAAGGUCCACCAGGGCCUCGGGGUUUGCAAGGCCACGUUGGACAGAAAGGGCAGCAAGGUGACAAUUUGCUUCAAAAAAGCCGCUUAUGACUAACAAUUUCUGGUCUUCAGUCGACUCUUGCUUCAUCAUUUGUGUUAAAUCCCUCAGGUUUGACAGGUGUCUCAGGACCAAAAGGUGAAGAUGGACUUCCUGGAUAUCAUGGUCAGGCUGGAGCUAAAGGAGAUCCUGGCCUGCCAGGGCCACAGGGUGAGAUGCUGACAGGGAUGAAGGAUGAUGAUAGGAGCUUUUUUAUUGUUGAUGUUACAUCUUAUUAAUGACCUUGUGUCUUCAGGACCCAGAGGAUACCCUGGACCCCCAGGGCCUGAUGGCGUCCCAGGUCAAGUGGGCCCUCCUGGCCCCUCCUCCAUGGAUCACGGGUUCCUAGUAACCCGUCACAGUCAAUCAGUGGAUGUCCCAUAUUGUCCUGAAGGAACGUCGCUUAUUUACGAUGGCUACUCCUUGCUCUAUGUACAAGGAAAUGCACGGGCUCAUGGACAGGACUUGGGUAAGGAAAACUGUGAAAAACAUCUUAAUGAUAAAAAGAAAGUUGAUUAGUGAAUUAAUCCAUGUUUACUUGAAAUCUGUGUUUCAGGUACGGCAGGCAGCUGUCUAAGGAAGUUCAGCCCGAUGCCCUUCCUGUUCUGUAACAUCAACAACGUGUGCAACUUUGCUUCCCGUAAUGACUACUCUUACUGGCUCACCACGCCUGAACCCAUGCCCAUGAGCAUGGCACCUUUCACUGGUGAAAGCAUCAAACCCUUCAUUAGCAGGUGUGUAGCAUAUCAACCUGAGCACAGAUACACAAUAAAGAAGAAAUUGGUAGCAAAACUCAUUAGCAUCAAAAACACACAAGUUUACAGGAGUAAGGUAAAUCCUUUUCAUUCAGGAACUUGCAGACUGGUAUCUUUAUUCACCAAUUUGAGCCACAUGUUAUACUUUCAUCAGUGUUAAAUGAAAUUAGGCCAAAAAGUCAGUCAACAGAGCAAAGACUAUUUUCAUUUAGCUUGAGCAGCACUUUUUUAAGGUACCUAACUGCUACAUAUAUGAUGUAAAUACUGUGCUUCUUUCAUAUGUUUGUGUACGUGUGUGUUUGUGUGUUUAGGUGUGCUGUUUGCGAAGCCCCAGCCAUGGUGAUCGCAGUUCACAGUCAGACCAUCACAAUCCCUCCUUGCCCUCGAGGCUGGGACUCCCUGUGGAUCGGCUACUCCUUUGUCAUGGUAAGACAAACCAAUUCACCUCAUAUUUUUACCUGUUUUGGUUCAGCGCUCUCUUAAGAUAAGAUAAGAUGAGAUGUUCCUUUAAUAGUCCCACAGGGGAGAAAUGACAUAUAAAGUACAGACAUAUAAAGAUAAAUUAAAGGAUAAAGAAACUUAGUGUUAAGUUAAGAAAAAAGAAAAAGAUAUGUAUGGACAGGACUUGGAGAACUUGUUUCAUCUCUGUGGGCUGUUUUACUUUGUAUUCGUGCAGCACACUAGUUCUGGUGCUGAGGGUUCGGGCCAGGCUCUGGCCUCUCCUGGUUCCUGUCUGGAGGAGUUCCGCAGCGCCCCAUUCAUUGAGUGUCACGGUCGUGGAACCUGCAACUACUAUGCCAACUCCUACAGCUUUUGGCUCGCCACCAUUGAAGACAGCGAGAUGUUCACGUAAGUUAAAAUCAGACACGCACCACACAUGUACUGUCACAUAACUUCAGCUUCUCACUGAUUUUUUUUUUGUGUUCUUUAUCUCUCUCCUCAUUUCAGGAAACCUGUGCCGACGACGCUUAAAGCAGGAAGUCUUAGAACACACAUAAGCCGCUGUCAAGUUUGCAUGAAGAGGACAUAAACCCAAACACCAGAGUGCCUUUUUUGUCUAACCGGAGAGCAAUGCAACACGCGCUGAUGUCCUGGACUUGUCUUUGAUUCCUGUUCCUAAAGGAUGGUGCUAUUUCCCUGCAUGUUUGAGAGGAAAGGGACAAAGAUCCGGUUUGAAUAGAGGUUUAACACUACGAACCAGAACACGGAGACCAAGCGGCCUUUUGCUCCAUGCAGAACACUUUACUAACAUGAUCACAGAAUGUCUCUAAGGAAUGGCGCCCAGUUUACCACUGCACUGAAUACACAGCCCCAUAAACUGGUAAACUGGUGUUCAUUGUGAAAGGGUUGUUUGUGUAGGUCAGGUGCUAUUUGGUGUUACUUAUCUGCCAUAUUCCUCUUUGUUUUUCUUCGUUUUACUUUUUUUUUUUCUCUCUCUGCAGCAGCGAUCAAAGAUAUAGCCUCAUGAUAAUCAUGAUUGACACACCUUUUACUUCUUUAUACAAACUAAUGUCAAGAAUGGGGACUUACCACUCGCUACAAAUGCAUGUCGGUUUUGCUAAAUCACCAUUAUGUUGCAGACACGUAUACUUAAGCAACCACACUGUUGUACAUAUAAUGCAUUCCUCUCUAACAUACUUCUACAUACUCUCCUCAGGUUAUUAUUGUGUGUUAUUCAGUCCAUUUUUUAUUUAUGAGAUUUAUGAGGAUACGUGGGGCUGUAGUGUUUCCAAGAUUCCAUGAUUGAAAAAAAGUGUUUCAAUGUCUGACCAUGACCGCCUUAGUAACAUGCAAUACAGUACAGCACUGAAAAAGCUAUAGCAGGUGUGUGCCUGAGUGUGUAAAUAUAAAUGAAUCGAUUUUAGCUGUGUGGAUGUGGUGUGUGUUUUGUAAUGUCUGCAUAAAUAUUGUGGUGCACAACAAAAAGAAAAGGACUUCAAAUCACUCUCCACAUACUUCUCAUCCGUCAGAGCAUUGCUUAUAACAGCUGUGUGUUUAAGGACUUAGUCGUAUCACAUGAAGUGUCUGAUCUCUUGAUCCCAAAACGAUGCACAUGUAUAUAAACUUACACAUAACCUGUACUUUGCUAUUAUGCUCUUAUACUUGACUCUUUCCAUUUGUGAAUGGCUUUUGAUUCCCUGUUGUGUUCAUGCAAAAUUCAUGUUUCAUAAAAAGUAAAGGGCUAUUCCAUCACUUUUUAAAUUAUACCGUUUUAACACAGAUGUUUCAGAAAAACAUGAAUUUGUUGAAGUAAAUCUAAGCUCUGAAAGGUUUUAUGAUGCAUUAAUUCAAUCUGAACACCAGUGAAAGGAAGAUCUCCCAGAUUUCCUGUCCUUUUUAGUGUUUUUUUGUAUCCCACUGACUGUAACUUGUUUGUGUUCGUCCAUAUGCUCGGUUAUGAUAAUAUGCUCCAUGAAGUAUUUACAGGAUUAGCAGUGUUGCAAUCAAAAACCAACUUGACCACAGUGGAGGUAAUCUGAUCUCAUUACCAAAUAGAAUCCACAUUUUAUGUUUUACAGACCCUUUUCUGUGUAAUUCCUACAAUAAAAUGAUUUGUAGAACA